UCGCCCGACCCCGGAAGUAGUGCUGGCCGCAUUCGGGCAGCGCGCAGCGGAGCAUUCCCGUUCGUGCCGGUUGCGGUGGGUCGUGGGCGGCCGGGCCGGGGGCGGCAGAAGGAGCUCGGGGGGCGGCCGCAGAUCGUGCUGAGGCAGUUCUCUGCCCGCAGGUGCGGCCAUGGCAGACUCUACGCAGAACGGGCCCAUGCAAGGCGGGGCCGGCGGCGGCGCCGUGCAAUUUCUGAUGGCUAACAAGUUGGAUACAGCAAUGUGGAUUUCCCGAUUGUUCACAGUUUACUGCUCAGCUUUAUUUGUCCUGCCUCUUUUAGGGUUGCAUGAAGCAGCGAGCUUUUAUCAGCGUGCCUUGCUGGCAAAUGCUCUUACUAGUGCCCUUCGACUACACCAAAGGCUACCGCACUUUCAGCUUAGCAGGGCAUUUCUGGCCCAGGCUUUGCUGGAGGACAGCUGCCACUACCUGUUGUACUCUCUUAUCUUUGUGAAUUCCUACCCUGUUACAAUGAGUAUUUUUCCAGUUCUGCUGUUCUCCUUGCUUCAUGCUGCCACUUACACAAAGAAGGUCCUUGAUGCACGAAGUUCAAAUAGCCUGCCCUUACUGAGAAAUCUUUUAGAGAAACUGAAUGCUAAUCAACAGAAUAUUCUAAAAUUCAUCGCUUGCAAUGAAAUUUUCCUGAUGCCAGCUACAGUUUUUAUGCUCUUCAGUGGGCAAGGGAGUCUGCUCCAGCCCUUCAUUUACUAUAGAUUUCUUACAUUGCGCUACUCCUCUCGGCGAAAUCCAUACUGUCGGACUCUCUUCACCGAGCUGAGGAUUGUUGUUGAACACUUAAUAAUGAAGCCCUCUUGCCCUGUUUUUGUAAGAAGACUAUGCCUCAGCAGCAUUUCCUUUAUAAGCAGAUUGGCUCCAACUGUUGCAUAGCUGAACUUCAGGAAGCUGUGUUUUGUGAACAUUAUGAGCAACUGGCACUUCUGAUGAUUAUAAAUUCCUUUUACACUGAUCUUGCUCCAGGCUGUAUAAAAAUGUGUAUAUGCUUUUCUUGGAGAUAAUGGGAAAUUUAGCAUAUCAAAAACAAGUAAUGGAAACUUAAAAUUACUGUGCUGUAUUGCUAAUUGGUGAAAAAAAGUAGCUGCAUCCUAUCUAAAACAUGCCUAGUUAUAUGGAGUUGGGUUUUUGGGAACCAAGGAUUGUUUGAGGUUGACUAAAACUCUGAGAAGUCUGUGCUCAGUAGGUUUGUUAGUUUGAGCUAUAGCUACUCUAGGAUGUCUCCAGUGGAUAGCAGUUGCUAUGCAUAGCUAUGCAGUACACUUUGGACAGUAUUUGUCUGCUUUCUAAAUGUAUCUGUAGAACCAUUUGGUCUAAAUUACUGUACUCAAUGGAAAAAUAUGGCUCCAAUUUAAAAAAGGGGUUAAUGUCUAUCAGUCUGACAUAGUUAACGCCCUAUCUGGAGGAGAGGCUAUUUUUAUUAAAUGUACUUAAAGAGAUCUCUUCCAAGUUUCCACCUUGUGACAUAGUCUUACAUUAAGUUUUCUGAAGAAAUGUCAAGACUCUGUUCAUGGAGAAAACUGCAGUUUUCUCGUCACAACAAAAUAUUUUACUAAGCUAAAUUGCAGACCUUUUUUGUUGGCUUUUCAGACAAAGAUGCAAUCCUUAUACUUUUAACCAUCUCUAACUGAAUUAAUCAGUGUAAAUGAAGUAACUUUUGCAGAAGCAUUGCAGACUUGUUCUUCUGUCUCAUGAAUGUGAAACUGCAGUAAUUCACACAUGUUAGCUUUUAGAGAAUUAAUCUGUAGCUAGCUCUGUAUAAAUUGUUCUGGUUUAUGAAACUCUCAUUGUGAUGAGAAGUUUAUGUAAAGGAUUGCACCUGUUUAGGCAGCUUCUCAAACAAAUGGGUGUAGGAUUUCUGGCAUAAAUCCAUCUGAUCCAAAAUCAGUGUCUUUGCUACAAAUGUGAAUAUUAAAUUGAUUGCUGAUUUUUGUAUUCACCUAGCAGCGGAAAGGUAGGUUGAGGGGGAAAAAAAAAAAAAAAAUCUGUCUGAACUCAAACUUCUUUCCAUAAAUUCAAGGCGAAGUGUUUGCCUAAUCCUCUGUAUUUAAAACGUUAGCAUUCUAAAUGUGUAAAACUGAAAUGGGUUUCAUUGGCCUUUUGUAAGCUUCUAUAGCACUACACUUAGCUGUUCUUCGGUCAGAGAAAUCCUGUAUGAAGACAUUCAAAAACAGUCCUGAAGCAAAGUAUUUUCCUGUAACUAUUGAGUUAUCUUGUUUAUGGUGUGGGUAUUAUUCUUACUUUGCAGUUGUAUUAGUUUGUUAGAUCAGAGCCAUGUAUUUAUAAACUUAUUUCAUUUUUUGCUCAA